AUGUCAACAAUCGGCACAACAACAAUUCAAACUACAGCACCAAACUCGUUAGUUAUGAAUCCAACAUCUAUGUUAGUAGAAAUGAAAAACUUCAUUCCUUCUUCAUAUACUUUUGAAACAGAAAUCCAGAAGAUAAAGCAAGAACUUUUAACAAGUAAUUUAGACUGUAGUGCGAAAGAUGAAGAAAAUGAACAGUAUCUUUAUGAAAUGCAGGACAUUAUUGACCAUUUACCCAAAUUGCCUGAAAUCCAACAGCAAAAACUAACUAUUCCUGAAUUCGACGAAAUUGAAGUCAAAGCAACUGACUCAGUAGAAAUAAAGAAGUUCAUACGAAAGGUAAAUUAUGAAUUCCUUGGUUUUCAUUGCAACCAUAAAGUUAUGGACAAAGAUUGCGAUAUGGUAUAUAAGAACAUCUCUGACAUAUAUAAAUCUGGGGAGUUUAAGACCUACGACAACUUUGUUUCAUUAGUUGCAAAAUGUGUUUGG